AUGGCGACCGAGUUGACCGUCCAGUCGGAGCGCGCUUUCCAGAAGCAGCCUCACAUCUUCCUGAACUCGAAGACCAAGGCCAAGAGCAAGAAGGCUGGCCAGGUUCGACGGUGGUAUAAGGAAGUCGGUCUGGGCUUCCGUACCCCCAAGACCGCCAUUGAGGGCCACUACAUCGACAAGAAGUGCCCCUUCACCGGUCAGGUCUCCAUCCGUGGCCGUAUCUUGACUGGCCGUGUCGUCUCAACCAAGAUGCACCGCACCAUCAUCAUCCGCCGCGAAUACCUCCACUACGUCCCCAAGUACAACCGUUACGAGAAGCGCCACAAGAACCUGGCUGCUCACGUCUCGCCCGCUUUCCGUGUCGAGGAGGGUGACUGGGUUACCGUCGGCCAGUGCCGUCCCCUGAGCAAGACUGUCCGUUUCAACGUCCUGCGCGUCCUGCCCCGCACCGGCAAGGCCGUCAAGGCGUUCAGCAAGUUCUAA